AUGGCAGCUAUCCAGUACCAAAAUGGGAGCGUAGUGGUCUGUCACAGCACGGCUGCACUGGAGGAGGCUGCGGCGGGUGGAGGCGGAGCGCCUGGGCAGCCGGGCGAGCGGGCACGGCAGGCGCCGGAGGAUGCAGUCUCCAUGGGGCUGCUGUGGUUUCUCUCCUUCCUCCAUUCCACCUUCUUUGGGGACGAGGGCUUGGAGCUUGGGGCCCAGGACUUGGGAUCUUGGGCCAUUCAUUGGCAUCUGGCCCUGGGCCUGGCUCUGCCCCUUCUUCGCCAUCCUGGGGAUGAGCUCAGGGAGACCGAGGCAGCCACAGGCAACCCGGCAAGCCCCAAAACAAACCGGAAGGAUCUUAUCAAGGUGCAGCCCAGCUGCCUGGUGUGCCCUCCCUCCUCACCUCUGCCCCCUGGCUUCCCUGCAGAUGCCCCUCAGAUCCCAGCUUCGGUGCUGGAGGAACUAAAGAUGUCGGGACCGGGCCCAACGGCUUCCUAUGAGCAGCUGGUGCGGCAGGUGGAAGCCCUGAGCCGGGAGAACACCCACCUGCGGAGAGAACUCCAGGAUAACUCCAGUCAUCUGUCAAAGUUGGAGAAUGAGACCUCUGACAUGAAGGAGGUGCUGAAGCACCUUCAGGGGAAGCUGGAACAAGAAGCGAGAGCAAUGGUGUCUUCUGGGAGGACUGAGUUGUUGGAGCAGCUGAAAGCCUUGCAGAUGGAUAUCACCAACUUGUACAACCUCAAGUUUCAGCCCCCAGCUCUGGUUGCAGAGCCAGGCAGCCAGAGUCGGAGCCGGAGCCGGAGCCCUGAGGGCAGCCCCCUGCACUGUGCUGCCCCUGUACCCGCUGCUCCCGGACUGUCCAAGAAAAGAGAAGAAUCAGGAGAAUUGAGCAGGGCCACUGUCCGGCUGCUGGAGGAACUGGACAAAGAGAGGUGCUUCCUGCUGGCAGAGAUUGAGAAGGAAGAACAAGAGAAACUCUGGUAUUACGGGCAGCUCCAGGGCUUGUCCCAGAGGUUGGAUGAGCUACCUCGAUCAGAGACGUUUUCCAUGCAGACAGACCUGAUCCGACAGCAGCUGGAGUUCGAAGCUCAGCACAUCCGAGCGCUGAUGGAAGAGCGAUUCGGGACCUCGGACGAGAUGGUGCAGAGGGCUCAGAUCCGAGCCUCUCGCCUGGAGCAGAUUGAGAAGGAGCUUGCGGAAGCCCAGGCUCAGACGCAGACCCGGGAGCGCGCGCAGCAGCCACAGCCUGAGCACCAGACCCUCCUAGGGGCAAAGCCAACAGGAGCAGAUGGUGAUGGGGAGGCAGAAGUCCCCACACACCCAGAGGAUGGGACCGGCCAACUCAGCAACAGCAAGGUGGAGGUGGUGUUCUGGUUACUGUCCAUGCUGGCCACGAGGGAUAAGGAGGACAUGGCACGGACCCUCCUGGCCAUGUCGAGCUCCCAGGAGAGCUGUGUGGCCAUGCGCCGCUCUGGCUGCCUGCCGCUCCUGCUGCAGAUCCUCCACGAUGCCGACCGAGAGGCGGGCCCCGCCGAGGGGGCCAAGGAUGCCCGCAUGCGAGCCAACGCAGCCCUACACAACAUCAUCUUCUCCCAGCCCGAUGAGGGCCAGGCCAAGAAGGAGAUGCGAGUGCUGCAUGUGCUGGAGCAGAUCCGCUCCUACUCUGAGACCUGCUGGGACUGGCUUCGGAUGCAGAGCCAAGAUGGGGGCCAGGGCCCUGAGGGGGGCGCUGGGCCUGUCCCUAUUGAACCACAGAUCUGCCAGGCCACCUGUGCGGUGAUGAAACUCUCUUUUGAUGAGGAAUACCGCCGGGCCAUGAAUGAACUUGGUGGGCUGCAGGCUGUGGCAGAGUUGCUGCAGGUGGAUUAUGAGAUGCAUAAGAUGACCAAUGACCCUCUGAACCUGGCCCUGCGGAGAUACGCGGGCAUGACCCUCACCAACCUCACCUUCGGCGAUGUUGUCAACAAGGCCACACUGUGUGCCCGGCGGGGCUGUAUGCAGGCUAUUGUGGCCCAGUUGGCCUCAGACAGUGAGGAGCUCCACCAGGUGGUGUCCAGCAUCCUUCGCAACCUGUCCUGGAGGGCGGAUAUUAACAGCAAGAAAGUCCUGCGGGAGGUGGGCAGUAUGACUGGGCUCAUGCAGUGUGCCCUUCGAGCCACCAAGGAAUCCACACUGAAGAGCGUCCUCAGUGCCCUAUGGAACCUGUCGGCCCACAGCACAGAGAACAAAGCUGCCAUAUGCUUGGUGGAUGGAGCCCUGGGCUUCCUGGUCAGUACUCUCACCUAUAAGUGCCAGAGUAACUCACUAGCCAUCAUCGAGAGUGGAGGGGGCAUCCUCCGGAAUGUGUCCAGCCUCAUCGCGACCCGGGAGGACUACAGGCAGGUGCUCCGGGACCACAACUGCCUUCAGACGCUCCUCCAGCACCUGAGGUCCCACAGCCUGACCAUUGUGAGUAAUGCCUGCGGGACCUUGUGGAACCUGUCGGCUCGUAGUCCCCGUGACCAGGAGCUGCUCUGGGACCUGGGAGCCGUGAGCAUGCUGCGGAACCUGAUCCACUCCAAGCACAAGAUGAUAGCGAUGGGCAGUGCAGCUGCCCUGCGCAAUCUGCUCACCCACCGGCCCCUCAAAUACAAGGACACGGCGGCUGUCAUCUCCCCUGGUUCUUGCAUGCCCAGUCUCUAUGUACGCAAGCAGAAGGCCCUGGAGGCCGAGCUGGAUGCCAGGCACCUAGCGGAAGCUCUGGACACAAUGGAGAAGCAGAGCCUAAAGGGUCAGGUUGCCAAGAAGCCCCCGCUGCGCCACCUCGACAGCCUGGUCAAGGACUAUGCUUCUGAUUCUGGCUGUUUCGACGAUGAGGAUGUGCCCGCUCUGGCCCCAGGGGUGGAGGUGGGUAAUCCCUCAGUCCUCUCCAUGUUUCUCAACAGUUCCUUCCUGCAGGGCCAGGCCUUGCCUCGCAUGCCAGCCCCACGUCGAGGCCCCGAAGCAGAGAGGGAGGAUGGCAGCAGUGGCAGAGGCAGUAUGGACGCCAAGAAGGGGGUGAUGGAUGGGACGGCGGCAGCGGCUGAGAAACUGGCCACCAAACUGUCUGUGGCUGUGGCCAAGAUCGAUAAACUGGUGGAGGACAUCUCAGCCCUGCACACCUCCUCAGAGGACAGCUUCAGCCUCAGCUCGGGUGACCACGGGCUGGACUGGCCUUCGGGGCCUGGGGAGGUCCGGGAGGCCAGGGCCCAGUCCUGCUCACCCUGCCGGCUCCCUGAGGCAGGAAGGAGGGAAGGGUUGGGGAGGGCUCAUCCGCUCCUCAGGCUGAAGGCAGCUUACACCAGCCUGUCCAAUGACAGCUUGAACAGCAGCAGCACUAGUGAUGGCUACUGCCCCCGAGAACACAUGAAGCCCUCCCCAAGAGCCUCAUUUGUUGACUAUCGAGAGGAGCUUCAGAGGUACCAGCAGCGCCCCAGCCGUCUGGACCUCAAGAACAUUGUGGCUACCCAACCUGACAGGAGAGAGCCCCCAUCUCAAGAGUCUGCUGCCCCCCAGGGGCCAGAAACCCAGGAGGGGCUGCAGAAGUCAUCAAUAUUUCCUGGGGAGUGGGCUCUGAGGAAGGAGUCAGAGUGGCCCAAAGAAAGGGAGGGCAAGCUUGCCACUGACUCCCACGUGCACACCAUCAAACUGUCACCCUCAUAUCAGCACGUGCCUCUGCUGGAGGGUAUGGCCAAAGUCGGUGCUGUUCCCUUUCCCAGCAGCGGCGGUGCUCCAACAGCCAGGAAGCAGGCCUGGCUGCCCACAGGGACCCUGAAAGGCACUGAAGGGCUGAGCAAGAUCCCUGAGAAGCUGACAGCCCCAGCCCCACCGGCUCCUGCAGCAGAAACAUUACAGAAGUAUUCCGUGGAGGACACACCCAUCUGCUUUUCCCGAUGUAGCUCCCUCUCCUCCCUCUCCUCGGCUGACCAUGGCAUGGACGGGAGAAGCCGAAGUGAAGACAAUGAGCUGGACAGUGACUCUUCCCUGGAGAUCCUGGAGGAGCCGGGGCCCGGGGAGGGAGAGGACGAUGGGGUGGAGGAUUGGAGGCACCGGGGGACUGCUUCCCUGCCUGUGGCCAUCCCUGCCCCAAGGGGAGACCAGGCUUUCUUGUCCCAGGCCCAGGGGGAUGAGGGUGCCUCCCCUUCUCGACAAGAAGACAUGACCCCCUCCAGCUCCUCUGAGAAUUACAUCCAGGAGACUCCCCUUGUCAUGAGCCGCUGCAGCUCCGUCAGCUCCCUGGGCAGCUUUGAGAGCCCCUCCAUUGCCAGCUCGAUCCAGAGCGACCCCUGCAGUGAGAUGGUGAGUGGCACCGUGAGCCCCAGUGAGCUUCCUGACAGCCCAGGGCAGACCAUGCCCCCCAGCCGGAGCAAGACCCCCCUUCCAGAACGGGAGACCAGCCAGUUCAACCUGCAGUGGGAGAACAAUGUAAAGAAGUUCAUGGACAUCACCGACUUCAAGGAGCGCUUCCAGCUGCCCCCAGACCUCGACAGCACCAUCUACUUCACUGUGGAGAAGCCGGAUGAGAACUUCUCCUGCGCCUCCAGCCUCAGCGCGCUGCCCCUCCACGAGCACUACGUGCAGAAGGAUGUGGAGCUCAAGCUCCUGCCCCCUUUCCCUGAGCGUGGAGGUGGACUUCACUUUGCUGGCCACGAAAAGCGGGAGGAGCCUGGGCGGGAGGAGCGGGUGGAAGGAACCCGUGGGGGCCGGCCUCGCCUGGAGACCCACUCUGAGGAUGACCUCGAGAUCCUGAAAGAAUGUAUCAGCUCGGCAAUGCCCUCUCGAUUCCGAAAGGUCAAGACAGCCCUGGUGCCGGGCUUGCCUUCAGGCAAGAAGGGACUACACGUGCCUGUCUACAUGCUGGUGCCUGCACAUGCCCAUGCUAGCAUGGCAGCCAGGACCCCUCGGCCUUCCCGCAGCCCAUAUAAAGAUGAGGAUUCCUUCACGGACUCAGCUGAAGGCACGCCAGUCAACUUCUCCAGCACCACCUCACUCAGCGACGAGACCCUUCAGUAUCCGCCCAAGGACGGCCAGGGGCAGCGGGCUGAGAGGAGGGAGCCAAUCUCUCGGCGGGUUACCUCCAGCCAUUCUACUCCAACCAAGAUGGCAGCUGCCUACAAGCACAGGGCAGCCUGCCUACCACUAUCAAGCAGGGGCACUGAGCCGACCCGAGGCUCUCUCAAAAAUCUGCCCAACCUAGAACUGACUGUUAGCCGGCCCAGGUCAGCUCACUCUGAGAGGGACAGCCAUUCCAGGGGGGACAGUGCACAUCUAAAUGGGGGUCAUGGGGAUGUUGCCUUUCAGUCUCUAUGUCACACAACACCCACUGAAGAGGCAGUUUACUGCUUCUACGAGAAUGAUUCCGAUGAUGCUCCUGAGGCCCCAGCCCGGAAGGCGCCGGCAGGAGCCCGGGCUCCAAAGAAGGAGCAUAGGGCAGGCAAGAAAGAAACGGAGCCCAAGACCAAAGUGGUGCCACCGCCCUCCACGCGGCCCCGAGCACCCCCCAAAUCCCAGCACAAACUGAUUGCAGAUGAGACGCCACCCUGCUACUCAUUAAGCUCUUCUGUGAGCUCGCUCAGUGACCUGGACCUUUCAGAUAGGGACGGUGGGCAGCCACACGGCAAAGGGGGCCUGUCCCACCUACAGGCCCGCAAGCCUCUACAUACCAAGCCCCCCGCACUGGCUCCUGGUCGGGACAGUUCUCCAAGCUCCCCUAGCCUCAACUCAGACGAAGAUUUGCUACAAAGGUGUAUUGGCUCCGCCAUGCCCAAGAGACAGCGCCAUGCAGUCCGAAACCGCAAGGCUGAGCGCAAGCCCAAACAAGGGGUCCCGAAGGCAACUGGCAGCAAGGAGCGAAAGGCCGAGCUACGGAGGGAGCUAGGCGAGGAGGUGGGCUCAGACCGAGCCUCAGACCUGGACAGCGUGGAGUGGCAGGCUAUUCAAGACGGCGCCAAUUCCAUCGUGACAUGGCUGCACCAGGCAGCAGCAGCAGCAACAUCCUUUUCCAGGGAACCCUCGUCUGAAUCUGACUCUAUCCUCUCCUUUGUGUCUGGUCUGUCAGUGGGGUCCACCCUGCAGCUUACCCUUGGAAGGGAGGAGCAGAAGCGAAGGGGGAAGGACACUGGAGGAGAAGUGGAAAAGAAGGAACAAAAUAAAACUGCUGAUGAGUGCAAAAAAGGAGGGGAGGCCCGGACCCUCAACCGCCGGAUGUCCCGGGGCCCAGAAAAGCCAAACAGUGCCCAGAAACCCGUGUCUAAUCUGCCAGCAGUGUUCCGUGGCCGAACAGUCAUCUACAUGCCCACCCUGGCCAAGGGUGCCCCCAAGCCUCGAUCUCCUCCAAAGAAAACUGUGCCCAAGAGUGAGCCCCCUGCCAAACCCCUCACACUCAAUCAGCAGAGAUCCCGGAGCCUCCACCGGCCAGGGAAAAUCUCAGAGAUGACUGAGCUGACACUACCCAAGAGGAGUGCCACACCCCCUGCCCGGAUGGCUAAGACCCCCUCCUCAGGCUCUUCCCAAACCUCUACUCCAUCCCAGCCACCAUCUAAGAAGUCCCCGCCCUCUUCCCAGAUAAGUAAGCCAGUGCCAGCAACUGGGGGUAAAGCAGGCACCAACAGCCCUCAGGCCAGGGCCCCAGUGAAGGCUCUGCUCUCCAGACAGCACAAAACCCAGAAAUCUCCUGUCCGGAUUCCAUUCAUGCAGAAGCCAGUGAGGAAGACAUUCCCAGUGAGGAACAACCAGCCUGUCCCAGAGGAGCAGGGUGCUGGAAGAAAGGCAGGUGGGAGGCUCAAUCUGGUCCGUGUGGCCUCAACCCGAUCCAGUGGCAGUGAGUCAGACCGCUCUGGCUUCCUUCGACAGCUGACCUUCAUCAAGGAGUCUUCCAACCUCCUCCUGCGACACCGCUCCGAGACCACAACUCCCCUUUCUCAGAACAGCUCCCCACGCCGAAGUCGGCCCGGGGUCCCGGCCGUCUUCCUCUGUUCUUCUCGCUGUGACGAGCUCAAAGCGGCCAAAGCCGGGCCCCAGCCUAGUCCUAGAGCCUCUCCAGGGGAGCGCCUACCCCGCCGGACCAGCUCAGAGAGUCCUUCCCGCUUACCUGUCAAGAUAGCUACACCCCAACCUGAACCAUUCAAACGCUAUUCCUCAUCCCCUCACAUCAAUGUUGUCAAGAGGUCCGGCAGUCCAGCCCCGACCCCACCGCAAAGGGCUGAGGCUGGGGGUGGGAGGAGGAGGAGUGAUGGAGAGGCCAAGCCUCUCCCCCAGGUAAGUGCAAGGGAGGGCCACAAUGCACAGUCAACAGCCACCAAGGGUACAUGGCGGAGGAUUCGGGACGAAGACAUACCCCAUAUCCUGAAGAGCACGCUCCCCUCCACUGCCCUGCCUCUUGUUGGCACAGUCCAGGAGGAUAGUCCAGGUCCCCAGAGGAAGACCAGUGAUGCUGUGGUCCAGACAGAAGACUUCUCAGCCUCUAAAACCAACUCCAGCACCUCACCAACCCUGGAGAACCGGGAGCCACCCAAGAAUGCAGUUAGCAUCCCGGUCAACAGUGUGCAGGCCCCCUUCAUUGGCAGUGAUGUGGAUGGGCUGAGCUCCAAGGUGGCUGCUGCCAUCUCCUUCACCCACGAGGGGCUGACAGCCCCCGCAGGAGGCUUCCCCUCCAGCCGCCACAGCUCUCCCAGCCGGGCUGCCCGAGUUACCCCCUUCAAUUAUAUCCCCAGUCCCAUGGUGGUACCAGCUAUGACCGACAAAUCUGUGGAGAAAGCUAUCAGCCUCCAGGGUGAAUAGAACCUCAUCUGGCCUCUCUCCACCUCUCCCCAUCUCGACCCCUCCAAUCCUAGCCUGCUUAGGCCUCCCUACUCUAAGACCCUCAUGGCAGCAAGCUGCACUCUUGUGGAAGAUGCCCAUGUACAAAGAACUUAAGUUCAAGAAGCUGCUUUCUUAUUUCAUACUAAGCCAAGUACAAGAGAAAAGUGGCUCAGACCUGGGGAUGGAGACUGGCUAAGGGUCCACUAACCAGUAAGUCUCAGAACUGGAGCUGCUGGUCUGAUGAGGGUUUCCUCUUUCCUCUAUGUCUCUGGUCACAGCUGUGUUGCCAGAAAACUUUCCUUCCUGGAAGGUGGAAAUAAUGAAUGACUUUUUUUUCCCCUUACCCACAAAGCCUAGAGCACUGUGGGGAAGAGUCCAAAGCUGGAUAUGGGAGGGCUCCCCUUCUCCAACAUAUGGUGAUGUCAUUAGGGGCUCUCCUCCCAUCAUGAGGGGAGAGACUUUCCUUGGGAAGGAAUAGAUGGUAGGAGCAGGCACCGGAGCUGGGACAGAGAAGAGACUAAUGCUUUGGAACACAGGAAAGAACAAUGGGAACAAGGCAGUUGGAGGAGCCAUCCCAAGGGUCCCAAGGCUAGUAGGCCCAGGGUGACAGAGCUCUCUUUGAGGAAAGCCUAGAAAGCUGGGGGCAGGGAGCAUGCUGAACCACUGUCUUCUGGGCAAGAGACUGUUUACCAGCACGCUGCCCUCCGGCAGGUCAGCAGCUCUGUGCCCCAAACAGAACAAGAUCCCUGGCUGGGACCGCUGCCUCCCUGUGCCCAAGUGAGAAGCCACCUUCUAGCCAAGCCUUAAUGCAGAUUUCUCUGCUGCAUGCUUUAUCUUGUAUACCCAGCACUAAUAACCAGUUAUAAACGUCAUAUAGAUGAAUUACAGCUUGUCAACACCAUGGAAAGCCCAGGAAGGAGACUUCCAGAUAGGGAGAAGCCCUGGGGAGGGCCGGAGAGGGAGCAGGCAUAGAACCCACCAGAUGCAGAAGAGCUGUUGGUGGCAGGGCCAAAUGCCUGUAAUUAAUGCCACCCAGUAAUUCAGUAAUGACUAAUUUGCUGAGUUUUGUCUGUGUUAUGUAAACCAGCUUGGGGAUGGGGCUGAGAGGGAUCUGAGACAAUGAGAGAACUGCACUUUAUUUAACAGGGAGGUGAGGUUACCCCAGAGGCUGACGACCGACAUUGAUACCACUCCCUUGAUGUCCCUAGGUAGGCCUGACCAGUGAGCGGGGUGGGAGGAUAGGAAAGAAGACAGAUGCAUAUUAUUUUGUCAGUUUGGCUUUGAUCUCUUUUUCCCUGGGCAACUGCUUUUAGAACAAGAAAGUACAGGUGGCUCUUUCCUCUCCCUUGGCUAGUAAGGGCUCAUCUCCAGAGCCAUGAGGUGACUCUGACAUACGGGGGACUGCAGUGUCCCUAGCAGGAAGUCGACUUUAAGAAACACCCAGAGUAAAGCUGAUUAUGCUUUUUAGCAAGUGGGUGGCACCAAGAUCCACGAGUAGUUGGAACAGAAUUUGAAGGCACUUCUGGAGGAGUGGGGAUAGGCUUACAUUGAGCCACCCAUAAUCUCUUGCCUAGUCCCCAACGUGGCCUGUUGCUGAGAUAGCUAACAGGGUGAAGAAAGAUCCGUCUGUGGCUAGCAAACUAGCAGGGUGGAUAUUUGUCACAUGCUGACUGGUGGACUAACCAGCCACUGGGCCCUCUCAGAAACUGAGCCACAGGAGGGACCAAAGAAUACAGAUAUGGAUGGCAGAAAAAGGAGAAACAGAGGGAAGAGGCCCAGACAGGGAUUGGAAAGUGAGGGUCUAGUGAGCUGCUUCAAGAGUAACCUCUUUCUAUUGUAAAAUCGCACUUUAAAAGGAUUGUAGAGAGCAGAGCCAACUGCUUGCAUGUGAUAGUUUGGGGGAUGUGGGGGGUACAGAACAAUCUGUUUGAGUUUUUUUUUUUAAAUGACUUUUUGUGAAAAAUACAAAAUUGCAGAAGUCUCCCAGCAGGUUACUUCAGUGAAGGAGGUAACACCCCUUGAGCUUACCUUACCCAGUGUUUUCUCUAGGAAGUAAAAUUUGAGUUUCACAGACACGUAGACAAACUGCCUCCUGGACUCUGGCCAAGCCAAGACUCUGGGAAGAAUGUCCUUGAUAAGGCCAGAGAACUGAUUGGUUUCUGCUUGGCAGAUCUAAGAGACAUGUGGAAGGUACAAAGAGGACGAUGUUGGGUUUGGUGUAUAAGGAAGCAUUUCCUAACAUUUAGAACUGUCCAGAGGUGAAGUGACCUGCCUCAAAAGGUGGUAGGGUUUCUCAUCACCGGAAUUCUUCAAGAAGAGGUUGGAUGACCACCUAUUAAGGAGGCAAUAGAGGAGAUUCCUUUUUAAGCUAUGGGUUAGACUAUAUCAAGUCUGAAAUCCUUUGUAGCUGAAAUUCUGUGAACAGAUGUGAAGGGUCAAACAAUUAGCAAGACUACUGAGGGAGUAAUCUCCCUGUGUGGCUAGCUUCAGUUUGCUACUGGGCUGAGGGUUCAGGGUAGAGAGAGAAGAAAUCAGUAUCAGAGGUAUCUACCGAUACUGUGCCAUAUGAUGGAUGUGAGUAGGGUCAGAUGCAGGAGAGAGAAGGCAGAGAAUGAAAGUGACAGAAGACAUUUGGCUGAUUUUGCUAACUGAACUGUGGCUUUGUAUGGUGGUGACUCACCCACUGGGAACUGGACUGAGGCCACGACAUUUCCUACAGACGCCAUGGAACAGCCAACAAUCGGUGAACCCUGGCCCACAUUAACCAGGGGAUGACUGAAUUCUUCUUGGGCCAGAGUGUACCACAUUCGUCCCUCUCUCUGUCUCCCUCCUCCUUGGCUUUGAAAUCUGUUGGCUCAUUGUGUAUUCCAGAGGUAGGGUUCAUUGAAGAGACACCUUCAGGUAGUUCAGUCUAGAUCCCUGUUGGAAAGACACUGCAUCCUUAGCCACUCAAGUUUAGUCUAGGAACUAGAGUGUUUCCAUUGGAAAGAGCCAGUAACCUCUUUCCCAGUGGAAUCCUGGGUUCCAGAAACAGCUGCUCUUUGCAAAACUGUUUUCUAGCUGUUUUUGCAAAGAACCACUCCUCAUGGAGUGUGGUGUAGGCUCAAUCUAUGUGAAAUCUAGGGCAAGUCCUUCCCUGCCUCCUAGUGUCAGUUAUCACUAAGAUGAGGGGGUUGGACUAGAUGGUUUCUAGGGUUCCUUCUAGCUUGAAUGUUUUCUGAUUCCGGGAAGAAAAGAAUACAUUGUGCAAGUAGGUCGAUAAGCAUUAGGCAAGUAGUAGGGCAUAUGAAUUCAAUUCAUUCUAUUAACCCUGAUCCUCUGGGGGAAGGGAAACAGCCUCCCAUUGGACUUGACCAGAAACAGCUCCUUAUUUGCCAAGUCUACAGAAGGGAAAUUUAAACUCCGAAGCCUGGAAAACUCAUCCCACUCCUCUUUCUUGCUGACACCUCGUUAGUCAUCCUAUGGCAGGCCACUCAGUCAAAUUCAUUCAUGGCCACCAUUUCAAGGGACUGUAUGACAAAAUCAAUGACUGGGAGCCUCGGGACUGUACUUCAAAAGCCAUCUCCCAGCCUGGCGCUGAUCAUAUUUGGGGGAUGCAUCUCCCACAUCUCAUAUGGAGAGUUGAGUCAAUGUUCUUUUGCUAGGAAGGCUCUUACUGAGGAGCCAACUCUAAAAGGCUGUAAUAGACCCAGGGUUGACCUAAUUCACAUGGUAGCUCUCACUGGAGAUUUCCCCCGACCCCAUGCCAAUAUUGCAAGGAGAUUUGACACGUGUAUCUGCAACCUACAUGUGGAAUUGGAACCAAAACACAAGGAGUGAUUUCACCCUCAUUUUCCUUUCACACAACAUUGAAUGCUUCACCCUUGUAGGAAUAAGAGGAGGGGGGUACUACCACAGGGAUUCUCCAAGCCAAAUUAGGGGCUGUUCUCCAAAGAUGCAUCCAGUUCUGUGUCUCCAUUUUAACAGAAAGAAUAUGGCAAAGUAACAGGCAUGUUCCCCAUUCAGCAAGGACAAGAUAGUGUGUAGAACCUGUCCUACCUAAUCUGUAGCCAGAGAUUAAAACAAAUAUGGUGGAGAGAGGAUGCCUGGUUUUAGCAAAUGUUAGAGCUAAUGUCCAGCCAGCCAUCAGACACUCGCCUGUUAUUGGAUGUAAUAUUCAAAAAAGAUGUGUUCGAGGGUGAAGAUAUGUCCUGAAAAGUCUGUGGAUUGAAAAAGGUGGAGAGAUGCUGUUAAGACUGUUAUCAGUCUAACAGGCAAACUCUGGAUGGGAAAGAGAUGGCGUAUCAGGUGCUCACAGCAGGCAGUUAACCCAACACACAACCUCUUGUCCUCCCAGGAACGACAUUACGAGGUUCUGGAGGAGGGGCCUGUUCUGGAGGAGCUGUUUCUGUUCUGCCCCCCUCCCCCCAACUCGCUGGGUGAUCUGGGCAGGUUGCUUCACCGCUCUGUGCCUGUUUCCCCUACCUGUGAAAUGGGGAGAACCUCUGCCAAAUCUCCCUCCCGAGGGAGUGAAGAUUGGCUGAUCUGAUGGACAUAUGAUGGAGUGUUGGGAGAUCUACACAAGGAUGGUAUUAUUCCAUAGCGUAACUGGUGCUACUCUGCAGGGCGUGCAUUUGGUUCUAACUCUUUUGAGCAAAGGCUUAGGAACCUUCUGCUUCCUGUUACUUGUGCUAACUUGUCCUAGGAGCUGCACCAAUCCCUGUCAAGACACAGUCCCUCCCUUCCUAGCCUCAGGGGCUUGGUGACCAACCUGAAACUCCAGGUACUCAUGGAAACCAUCAGGGGUGAAUCCGGACAAUUCAACAUAUCUUUGGAGAGAGCGUACUGAUAUGGAAGAGUAGGCACUGCUCCCUCACUGGGGUCAGAGGGAAAUAGUUUCCUAGUCUCUGUGUUUGAUUAACAACACUUUAUGUGACCUACAGAGGCAGGUGCCAAAAAUGGGGCUGAAGCUUUGAGAGUAUCUGCACAACUUGGCCUCCCUAAGUUAGCUGCCUGUUCCGCACAGCCCCAGGACUUUGCCAACUACAGUGACAGGAUCAGUUGCCUCCCCUCCUUUGCCCUCAUCCUUUCAGACCACAUCAGCUUUGUUCACAUCAUCCUCCAGCCAGUGGGGGGAGGGGGAGGGAAGAAGAUGUCACAGACAUACUAUGGUUUCCUGGGGUAGAGAAGAGGGCAGUUUGUGGUAACUGAACAAUUGAUAUCCAUAUACCUGUCAUCUAGGGCCAGAGGAACCAAAUUGUCAUAUACCAAACACAGCUAUCACUUAAAGCCUUUAUCCCAUCAUAGGGAUGCUAUCUGUACCACUCGGCUGUUAACUUGGUUCGCUCCUUUAUGCUCUCAGUGUGAGAGUGGAUAUGUAUGUGUACUUGCUUAAGUGCUGCCAUCACCAAGGAAUUUGAACUGGGGACUCAGAGGGGCAGGAAUCCUGCAGCUGAAGCAAUUGAUUCCAUCAGACAAGUCUUCACCAAAGUUCAACACUUCUAUGAUCUUCCCCCUGUGUAAUCUGCGGUUGGUGGAGUGACCAACCCAAAGGGGAAGGACUUAACGACUGGGAGAAAUGACCCCUGAGGUGGCCAAGAUGGAGGCCGAACAUCAGCCUGCUAUUUCACCAGCUGCUCAGCAGCUGGUGUGCUAUGCCUGACAGUGCUGUCUGAUCAGCAAAGUUGAAAGAAAAGACAGCCCCACCCCAAUCCAUUCCCAGCAGGGUACCGGAUUUAGGGCAAUACACAUAUAUCUUCCCAAAGCAAUAGGAGCCGACACCAUUACCUCACACCUCUAAUCUGUCACUAUGUCCAUUUAGUAUGUACCACCCCACCCCCAUUCUUCAUUGAAGACCCUAGUUCUGUUCUCAUCCAGUUUGUGUGAUAAUCCCUUUCAGCCCCCCUGGAAGGAAGCUGCCUUUGCCCAUCUCAUUCAGCUGGUUUCCAGCCCAUCCUCUCCGGUCUACUCACUACCUGCUCUCCCUCACCUUCCUACCAUCUGCACUGAGGGUCAUUUUACUGGGACUCUGGACAGUAUUAAAAUGAAGUGUGUAAAUAUUAAAUGUCCCCCCUCCCCUUUUCCACUAAAAUAAAACAGAGCCAUUUGUCUGGUUGAAAGGUGAGACAGGAAGAUCAGGCAAUUGACCUGUAGGGCACCUUUAGCAUCUUCACUUAAUAAACUAAGCUGUUGAAUUGC